CCCCAACACACAAAAGAAAGAGAAUGAAAAGAGACUCAAAAGACUACAGUUUUGUUUUUUUGCUGAAAAAAACUUUUGUUGAUUUCACUGAUUUACUAAACUUUGAAGAAGAAGAAGAAUAGGGGUGCAAGAAAACAAGAAAAAGAUUGAGUUUUUAGUAUCUGAUUUUGGUUUAUCUGUUGAAGUCUCAGUUUUUUUUGUCCAACAGACCCUUCUUGUUUUUGAACGUUCUUUUACAGAAAUAAACGAGUUCCCAAUCUGAAGUGGUUGUACGUGAAAUUGGUGGUACUACACGAUGGCAGACGUCAGUGCUAUGACUGAUACGUCAACAGAUGUUGAUACAGAUGAUAAAAACUUGAGGUAUCUAAACUCUCUAACAUUGGGCGCCACUUCCGAUGCAAGUGACAAAACCAGAGACCAAAAGACGCUUCGUAGGCUUUCCCAAAAUCGUGAAGCUGCACGAAAGAGUCGUCUAAGGAAAAAGGCAUAUGUUCAACAGUUAGAGAGUAGUAGAAUGAAGCUGACACAGCUAGAGCAGGAGCUUCAACGAGCUCGACAGCAGGGCAUAUAUGUUUCAAGUUCAGGAGAUCAAUCACAGGCAAUGAGUGGAAAUGGAGCUUUGGCGUUUGAUGUAGAAUAUGCACGAUGGCUGGAAGAACACAACCGGCGUACAAAUGAGCUGAGAGGAGCUGUAAGUUCUCAUGCUGGUGAUGGCGAACUGCGUAUAAUUGUGGAUGGCAUCUUGGCGCACUAUGAUGAAUUAUUCAAGAUCAAGGCUGAUGCUGCAAAGGCUGAUGUUUUUCAUAUAUUGUCAGGCAUGUGGAAAACCCCUGCAGAAAGAUGCUUCUUGUGGCUUGGUGGAUUCCGUUCGUCGGAACUUCUCAAGCUUCUCAUUAAUCAGUUGGAGCCUUUAACUGAUCAACAAUCGUUGGCAAUCAACAACUUGCAACAGUCAUCCCAACUGGCUGAAGAUGCUUUAUCUCAGGGAAUUGAAUCACUGCAACAGUCAUUGGCUGAGACCCUGGCAGGGUCUCUUGGACCUUCAGGGUCAUCUGGGAAUGUUGCCAAUUACAUGGGUCAAAUGGCCAUGGCAAUGGGGAAGCUAGGAACACUUGAAGGAUUCAUUCUCCAGGCUGAUAAUCUACGACAACGGAUGCUACAGCAAAUGCAUCGGAUAUUGACAACUCGCCAAUCAGCUCGUGCUCUUCUUGCUAUCGGUGAUUAUUUCGCUAGACUGCGAGCCCUUAGUUCUCUCUGGCUUGCCCGUCCCCGAGAGUAACAAGUAACACCAACUUUCUUCUGACAUUAGCAUAUGUGAACCUCUUCCUGUAAUGCUGCUGGUUUCAUUUGUUGUAAUGGUAUAUCAGUUAUCAUAUAUAGUUAGAUGGAUGUAAUUAUGUUAACUAGCUUUAUAAUUUCUAUUCUUUGUCAUCUUGUGUUAAACUUAAUUGUUCAUCUUAUAGUAUAUUUCAGAUUAAUGGAAAUGGACAGUGGUUGACUUGCUCUCUAA